AUGAGACUGACAACCACGACGCAGAAGCAAGGUGAUGCCAAUGAAUCCACGACGCUUGCGCGGAUUCCGUGGGAUGCAGACAGCCCCACACCCGAUGGACUCACUUCGCUGGAUGUCUUGUUAAAGUGGAUGGUGACUCCUGGGAAGUACGAGCGUUUGCAUGGUGACCAACGGAGCAGAGCCAUCCAGAGCGUUUUGGGUGCGUUGAAGAGGAACGGCAUUGAGCACCGCACAGAGUCGAGUGUGCGCGGUAAGGUCCGCUCUAUCGAAAACCAGUACCUCUCUGCGAAGCAGUGGCUGAAGGAGAGAGACAUCAACGGCAACGACGUUACCACUGGCAACGUGGAUAGCGACACGGAGACUGCAGUUUUGUCGCUAUGUCCUCACUUCAGCGAGUUGGUGCCGAUAUUCCGUGACUCUAGCUACCUGAACACUAUGGCAUCGGCGCGAUACCAAAUUGAAGUCACGGAAGAUAACCGGGAGAAGCCGGCACGCUUAAAGGCUAAACGCAAGACGAGAAAGGAAGUACACCGUCCAGGCAAACGCCGCCUGGUGCAGACAACUGAAGUCAAAUCAUAUGCAGGUGUUCAUGAAGACGAAGAAGAAGAUCGAGAUGAAGUAGCUCGGGUGUUAAACUGCGUGCGUCGCACGACCUACGGCAACAUCCCUGGGAACGAGCUGGACCUAAACUCCCAACUACCAUCCGAGGACCAGCAGCAAAUAGCAGAGAUCAAGGUGAAUCAUGUGAAGAAGCAGAGCCAAGCUGUCCUUGAACACGAAGACAAGAUGCGAGCAGAGAUGUUGGAGUGCGACGUUGAAGUCAAGCGAGGUCGAGGUGAAGUGCAGUUGCUGCUGGAGAGGAUGCUGGCGCGCCAGACCAUGAGGAAGGAUGGCAUUCCCAACGAUGAAAUUGACGUCGUCUUGCCGCUUAAGGAACUAUGA